AUGGGAAAUUGUGUCAGUUCUGUAAUUGAUUUCUUUCAUUCUUCUUUUCAUUCUUCCAAUUUCACAGAUCGGCCGCAGCAGAUGGACCUGGCAGAUUCUUCCAUUUAUACAGCUCUGCAGGAUCAGAUGGAGCUGGGAAAUUCGUCCACUUCCUCAGCUCGUCAGACGGAGGAGGGAGAUUCUUCAACUUCGUCAUUUCAGCAGAAUGAGAGGGAGCUAGGAUGUUCUUCCACGUUCACAGCUUGGCAGCAACAUAGGGAGCCAGAAAAAGCUUUUGAUGGAAUUGUACAAGCAUCUCCAUCAUACUCAAAAUUAACAAAGAAGAGGUCGUGGGAUGUGUUUAUUAAUCACCGGGGUUGCGAUGUUAAGCACAAAUUAGCUAGCACUAUUUAUCACACGGUCGAUCUGGUUGGCUUGCGUGCUUUUCUAGAUGUCGAAGAGCUGGAGUUGGGCAAUUCCAUACCACUUGAAAUAGAGAAGGUAAUGACCGCUUCAGCACUUCAUAUUGCUAUCUUGUCAGAGAAUUAUGCUCAGUCUCCCUGGUGUCUGGCUGAGCUAUCCUUUAUGCUCAAAACUGGCAUCACAAUUCUCCCUGUGUUCUACCAUGUCCAGCCCGAUUAUCUCAGAUGGGUGGGUCAAGGGAAAGGACUUUAUGCUCAUGCAUUCUCCCAACACGAAAAGAAGGGCAGAUACUCCUCAAGAAAGCUGGAGGAGUGGAAAACGGCACUCCAAAGAGUCUCAUAUCUCUCUGGCUACAUGCUCAAUAGCAAUAAUGACGAUGAAGGGAUGCUGUUGAAGAGCAUAGUGAAUUCUGUUUUCAGAGUCAUAAAAAAGGAGCCUUUGGAGGUAGCCAAACAUCCAGUUGGAAUGGAUGAAAUCGUAGCAGACUUUGUAAAAAGUCAACAAGAAUAUGUUGAGAUUGAGCAUCAAAUACAGAUUGUGGGGAUCGUUGGGUUUGGCGGCUCUGGUAAAACUACACUCGCAACAGAACUUUACAAUAGGAAAAGCACUUCCAUCGACCGAUCCUGUUUUCUGUAUGACGUGCGAGAUGCAGCAUCAAAAAAUGCUUUGCAUACCAAGCAGAAGAAGCUCCUGGAGGACCUCCGUAUCCAAAAUAAUAAAUCUUUCGACAAUUUUAAGGAAGGCAAGGGAAUUGUAGCAGAUCGGUUGAAAAGUCUUUGUGUGCUCAUAGUUUUGGAUGAUGUAGACAAUGGGGACCAACUGGAUGCGCUGUUGCCGCCAAAGGAGAGCCUUGGAUCUGGUAGUCUGAUCAUUGUUACAACCCGUGAAGUGGACGUGCUUAGAAAGUGGGGGAUCACAUCGAUUUAUAAAAUGCAACCACUCCAACUUUCUAAUGCCAAGCAGCUGUUUUGCUGGAAUGCCUUUCUACAGCCUUUCCCACAAAACGGCUUUCAGGAUUUAGUUGAAAAUUGCUUAGAUGUUUGCAAUGGGUUGCCUUUAUCCUUAGAGGUCAUUGGAGGAUACGGUAAAAGGUGGAAGGAGUAUUGGGUUUCUGAGCUAGAUAAGGUCCGAAGAAUAUUGCCCAAAGAAAUUAAGAAGAGGCUAAAAGUAAGUUACGAUGCCCUAGAUGAAGAUGAGAAAGAAAUAUUUUUGGAUAUUGCAUGUUUUUUUAUUGGUGAAAAAAGAAGUUCGGGCAUUGCUGUAUGGGAUGGAUCAGGCUGGAACGGUGUACAUUGCUGGGAAACGCUUCACAAUAAGUGUCUUGUUGAGGUGGAUGAGAAAGAGUGUAUAAGGAUGCAUGAUCACCUCAGGGGUUUGGGAAGAGAAAUUGCAACGAGACACUCACCAUUGCGAUUCUGGUCUGAAAGAUGGAGUAUGAACAUUCAGGUGAACUUAAUAUUUCCAGUCAUUAAUUGUAGCAUAGAAACCUUGUUUGUGAAGCUUUUUUUUUCUUUUUCCCCUAACUCAAUUGAAGUUUAUAUUUGGUGUUUUCCACUUAGCAAGGAAUACCGAUUCGGGGGAUAA